AUCAGUGGAUUCACGUGUCUUAGUUUUGCGAACUUGUUGCACGUAGGUUAUUUGGAUUCGCCUAUUCGUUCUUUUUAUUUCAUUGGCACAUUUUUGACGGAAAAUUGGAUGUGAGCUCUAACAAUAAUGCCUUUUAUAACUCUAAUAUUUUGUAGCAAAAGCCGCAAAAGUUAUUUACUAAGAAAAAUGACAACCUGCUUAAGCGUUUAAAUGAAAUAUGUUAGCAAAAUUCAGUAAAAAGUAAUGCUGAAGUAUUCCUCUAAAUUUUACAGCGAAUAUAAGUAAGAAAAUAAAGUUAUCGAGAAUUAAAUGGUAAACCACAUGCAGUUCUCCUCGCUGUUUUACAAAAUGCUAAUGCGGUAAAACAAGCUCUAUUUAUCAGACUGACUGCAAAAAAAUGAAAUACUCUGCACUAUUAUCUGAAAAUCAGUAAUUGAUAUACUUUAAGAGAUACAGACUUGAGUGAUAAACUUAGGACAUAACCUGUGUUUCUUGUUUCUCUGCUACCAGUUCAAAUAUGUGGAUAGCAAUUACCAUUUACGCAAUUCAGGUUUUAAAUGUGCUGAGCCGAAAAUACACCGGUCAGACUUAUUCCACAGAUCGCCAAAGUCCAACAUUCUUGCACGAGCCUCCAAGUCGCCAUGAAUUCCUAAACAAUUCCGGAGCUGUAAUUCCUUGCACGGCAUUUGGCAAUCCCAGUCCUGUAAUAAGAUGGCAAAACGAAGAUGGUACACCAGCCAUUGAUAUUCCAGGACUUCGCCACGUACGUCUGGACGGAUCUUUAGUCUUCCAACAUUUCCGAGCCGAUCAAUACAGGCAAGACGUCCAUGCAGCAACAUACAGAUGCACUGCUAGUAACGUUAUGGGAACCAUUGCCAGCAGGGAUGUACAUGUUGCAGCUG